AUGCCAAUCAAUAGAAAUAGUUGCCACACACACAUAAAGAUCAAUGUUAACAAGCAUGUAUGCAUUCACAAACAAGCUAGCAUGUUUAGAUGUAAUAAAAAGAGCACUACUAUUUACCUACUGCUACUAUUAGUGGCUCUCGUGUGUUGUACAUUCAAGAACCAUCAAAUCAAUGGAGGACGGGAUACAGUGAAUAGCUCGGAUAUACCAAACGGGACCAAACGAAAAUGCAGUGACACAAUUUGCAGUGAGUAUCUCACAGAGGACGAUCAUGUCCAUUUUGACUACUGUAAAAGGAGAACAUGGCCAACACAGAGACAACGAGAACCAAAGGAAUCAGCGUGUCAAUUCAUGGAUGGUAGUGAGAGACACCCAGUUGCACUAGCCAGCUAUCCUGGGUCGGGCAACACCUGGGUGAGGGGGCUACUGCAAGAGGUGACUGGACUGUGCACUGGAGGGGUGUACUGCGAUGUUGCCCUCAGGCGGAGUGGGUUCCCGGGAGAGGAGGUAAGAAGUGGGGCUGUCCUGGUCGUGAAGACACACCAAACUGACCCAAGAUGGAGUGGGGUACACUAUGACAAGAAACUGCCAUUGAUCUACUACAAGAAGCUGAAGCACAUACCAAUAUUUGAUUCAGCUAUUCUGCUAGUGAGAUGCCCGUUUGCAGCUAUAGUGGCUGAGCACAAUCGACUACUCAAUGUGAAUUCCAUUGACACUCAUACUGCACACGGUGCACCAGAGGAAUUUGGGAACAACAGUCAAUGGGAUGAUUUUGUCCUGGAGCAAGCUAAAACGUGGCAAGAAACUAUAUUCUCGUAUGUGGUCAAUAACUACAACCACCCACUACUAAUCAUCAGUUUUGAGGAGCUACAAAUAAACAGAGAGGCUGAGCUAAGAAGAAUGCUUGAUUUUCUAAAAGUUCCUUACAGUGCGUCUAGACUGAAGAGAGUUGUACAACAAGAUUACACAAAGUACAAGAGAAAGAAGAUGGAAUUCAAGCACUACACUAGAGAACAGGAAGAGUACGUGAUGGAGGUUAUUCAAGAGACCAUUGAUGCUAUGGCAGGACAUCAACAGUUGAACUUUAUAGCCAAUUACCUACACACUACAGUACCAUGAGUUCUGUUGUAUUCGUUAAGGUAUACAGAUGAACAAUUAAUGAAUCAAAAUACGGUUGAAACAA